CCUUGGGUGCAUGUCCUGUCUCCUUUCCUGCAUUCUCCUCCUGUGGAGACACAGAGCACGUGGUUUCUGUGCUACCAACAUGAAGCUUGUCCUCCUGGCAUGUCUCUGGGCUUCCUUUACUGGCGUCCUCCUGGCAGAAGAUGUAGACACAGCCAAACUUGAGGUCCGCCUGGUGGAUGGUCCAAAUCACUGCUCUGGAAGAGUGGAGGUGCUACACAAGGACGUCUGGGGGACUAUAUGUGAUGACAACUGGGAUAUGAGGGAAGCAAAGGUUGUGUGCAGGCAGCUGGGCUGUGGGACAGCACUAUCAGCUCCCCGUGAGUCCAAAUAUGGAGAAGGAAAGGGGCAGAUCUGGCUGACUGAGAUUAACUGCACAGGGACAGAAGCGUCCCUCACGGACUGUGAGGCAAAGCCAUGGGGAGACAACAUCUGCAACCACGUAGAAGAUGCCAGCGUGGAGUGCUCAGAAAAGGAAAUACCUGAGCCAGGGCCAAUCCGGUUGGUGGAUGGCCCAAACAGAUGUGCCGGCAGAGUUGAGGUGCUUCAUGAAGAACGGUGGGGCAGCGUGUGCCAUGACAGCUGGGAUAUGGAUGAUGCCCAAGUUGUGUGCAGGCAACUGAACUGUGGGGAUGCAGUGCUGGCCCCCAUUGGAGCUAAGUUCGGACGAGGAACUGACACCCUCUGGCUGGAUGACGUGAACUGCACAGGGAUGGAAACUGCCAUCUCUGAAUGCCAGGCGAGGCCAUGGGGGGAACACAAUUGUUACCAUGGGGAAGAUGCUAGUGCAAUUUGCUCAGACUCAGGGAUUACCGUCUCCACUUCUAUCCGCCUGGUGGAUGGCCCGAAUCGUUGCUCUGGGAGAGUGGAGGUGCUACACAAGAACGUCUGGGGGACUGUGUGUGACGACCACUGGGAUAUGAGGGAGGCGAAGGUUGUGUGCAAGCAGCUGGGCUGUGGGACAGCACUAUCAGCUCCUCGUGAGUCCAAAUAUGGAGAAGGAAAGGGGCAGAUCUGGCUGACUGAGAUUAACUGCAAAGGGACAGAAGCGUCCCUCACUGACUGUGAGGCAAAGCCCUGGGGAGCCACCCUCUCUUCCCCCCUUGGGUUUUCUGUCUUCCUUCCCUCCCCAGAGAAAGCUGGAUGCAAUGAAAAGGGACCCUUUGGCAUAUCUUUGGUAGAUGUUCCUGAGCUAGGGCCGAUCCGGCUGAUGAAUGGCCCGAACAAGUGUGCUGGGAGAGUUGAAGUGCUCCAUGAGGACCGGUGGGGCAGCAUCUGUGAUGACCACUGGGACAUGCAGGACGCCAAGGUAGUAUGCAAGCAGGUUGGCUGUGGGUCACCGCUGUCAGCCCUGGGAGGUGCCCGCUUUGGACGAGGGUCGGACAUCAUCUGGCUGGACGAUGUGAACUGCACCGGGACGGAAGAGAGCAUCUUCGACUGUCAGGCCAGGCCGUGGGGUGAACACAAUUGCUAUCAUGGAGAAGAUGCUGAUGUUAUUUGUGCAGCUAACAAGAACCUGGAGGAGCUGGAAGCAUCGUGAGAGCCACACUGGCCCCACCAGACCAUGCCUACCUUGCAGCAGGAGAUGAGCCAGCAAGACUCAGCUGAGAGGGCAAAGGGGAGGGAUGUUACAGAACCAUCAGUGUGGCAUGAUGGGAUCUAUGACUUGGCAAAAUUGUUCUCUCUCAUGCCUUGAAGGAACUCCAAACUUGGUUAUAACUGCAUUGAUUGAAAACCAAGUUGCAUGAAUUAUUCCCACUGAAAAGCAAUCGCCACAAAGUACCAAUAAAGUUCCCCUAAAACUGAA